GUUGGCAAUGGCUGGGGAGGAACUUGAACGAGGGUGCAAGCUGUGCUUGGCAGGAUCAAGCAGAGGAGCCCUCGCAGAUGUCAAUGCUUUCCUGUCAAGCCUCCCUGGGGCGAGUGUAGAAAUGCGUCCUGUUGGCCCGGAUGGCACUAACUUGUGUGUACGAGUCUUCCCUCCUGGCUCCUUCUCAUCACCCCCCCCCCCUCUG